CUCUCUCUCCGCCCUCAAAACCAUUUUUUUUAUUCAUUUGUUUGAGAAGAACAACACCAGUUUCAACCAUCAAAAACGUGUUUGCUUCUUCAACGUCAAAACCCUCCAAAUCAUUCACCGGAAAAACACCUUCAAAGAGCAUGUUCUUCACGUCUGUUUGGUGCAAGAAAUACCAAACUUUAGAGGUCAAAUGAAACUCUAUUGUAUUGUUUCUUUUUAAGUAUGUGCAGUAACUUCCUUAAGAGAAUGGAAAGUCAUCAAGGUGAUUUAGCUGACAUAGUUAGAGCAAUCGGUGGACCGAUAAGCGGCGGUAUCGGCAACACCUCCGGCGAGCUACCGGCUGUCAACGAUUGGCAGUUUCCUUCCGAUCCCAUGAACUAUCCUUCAGGGAUCGAAGUACUCUCCGAUGAAUUUGGCGAUCCGUUUUACAGCAUGAGAGAUCCACUUCGUCACGAGCUCUAUAUGCCCAGUUCAGGCUUUUUCAAUAGCUCAAAUUCAAUCAGUUCAACAAACAUAAUGAAGGCUACUAGUGUUGAAGACACGGGUGGCUUUGGUGGUGGUGGUGCAAUUAUUGCUCAGAAGACUCCUGAUCAGGAGAUGAAAAGACCUUGCAAUAUUUUCUCAAGGAUGCUUCAGAUAUCUCCGAACGUUAAGUUUCCACUAUCUCCUCGUGAUUCUCCAGUGGCGGUCGCAUCACCGAGGGAAGUUAAGCCUCCUAGCUUAGUUUCUAAUGAUAUGACAAGUCCAAGCAGCUCUAAAGGUUCCUUAUUAGAAAACUCUGGGGUUCAGAUCUCAACUCCGAGAAAUACGGGCAUUAAGCGAAGGAAGAGCCAGGCAAAGAAGGUAGUUUGUAUACCAGCACCAGCACCUGCAAACAGUAGGCCUAGUAGUGGAGAAGUAGUUCCAUCUGAUCUCUGGGCUUGGAGAAAGUACGGUCAGAAGCCUAUUAAAGGUUCUCCUUAUCCUAGGGGCUAUUACAGAUGCAGUAGCUCUAAGGGCUGUUCAGCAAGGAAACAAGUGGAACGUAGCAGAACAGACCCCAACAUGUUGGUCAUCACAUACACUUCUGAGCAUAACCACCCAUGGCCUACCCAGAGAAAUGCUCUUGCAGGCUCUACUAGAUCUCAACCAUCCAAGAACACCUCAUCUUCCAAGAAUUCACCAGCCUCUCAGGCUCAAAAAACAACAAUGUUAAAGGAAGAACAUAAGGAGAUCAAUAAUGAUAAUGUGUCCAUCGCCACUGGGAGUUCAAUAACAAGCACAGUCGUGAAAGAGGAAAUGGAAGAGCUUGAUGAGAAAAUAGAAAUGGAAGAUGGUGAAUUCAGUGAAGGAUUUCCUCAGAGCUACAGGCCAGAAUUGCCAGACUCCAAUCAUUCUGAGGAUUUCUUUGCAGAUUUAGGAGAAAUAGAGGCUGACCCUCUAAAUCUCUUGUUCACUCAAGGUUUAUCAGGAGAUGAGAGAGUAGACAAGGCCCUUGAUCCAUUUAGUUUCUGUGAUUGGACAGCAAAUAACAGUACCAGAAACCACUACACAUCCUUUGGAGAAGGCUAAAAAGGGUUUAUAAAAAAGACCAUGAAACAACAAGACCCACAAGAAAACAGACACUUGUAAGGUUUUUUCUGGGGUGCAAUUUGAUUCAAGGUGCCACUCUUAUGUGAGUUCAGUUGUUGGGAGGUUUUUUUCUACUCUCUUAACAUUUUCUUGCUGUGUAACUAUAUUAUGAAAAAUACUUUUUAGUACCGCACCUCUUAUUUUUCACUUAUCAGACGAGCAGUACCAUUUGUGCUAUCUUUCUCUUGUUAUUUACCAGAAGAGUCAGAAGUUUAGGAGGAAAAGUGAAAGAGAGUGCUGGUUGAUUGGGAGCAGACCCCAUGAGUCCCACAUUCCUUUUGGAAUAUUGGAGGAUGGGACAGAAAGCUGAGGAACAGAAGGUUUGAACAGUAAAUACAAGUACAUCCAUCAGACAUGACUGGAAAGCUCAGUGAGGAGAUUGAUGUUAGAUGGGACUCUCUCUCUCAUCUUUCAAAGUGGGAUAAAUUAUUCAAGCCAGGCCCUGUUGGUCAUGUGGGCAUACCACCAAGAAGAACCAUGCUUUAAUAACUUUGAAGGGAAACAAACAAAUUAUAAAAGGUUGCAAGAUUUAAGGGGGAAAGUAUUAUGAAAAGCUUGACUUUUCUGAUCAGUCUUCCAUAGGGAUAUGCAGAAGAGAGACAAAAUACAAACUUUGGUUUCCUCAGCUUUCUGUUUCUUUAAU